AUGUCGGUCCCUCAGUCUCGUAUCUUUGAUCUUCUUCAGGUUCAAUGCCGCAUUUUCUCCCAGACCUUUAACCCCCAGCGCCUACGGACCGGCAAUCGAGUACUCCGCCAACGAUUACGGGGACCUUCCGUCGCUGCCUAUUAUCCCCGACGUGUCGCCACAAUAAAAGAUCUGAAAAAUCUGUACAAAGGCUUUGAUGAGGAGAUGGAGACGUGGGAUGACGAUGAGGAAGACAGAUUGGAGCAUUUAUUGCUGGCGAAGCAAAGGGGUAAGGGAGCGCCGAAGAAGAAGAGGACCGCUGAAGAAAGCAAGAAGAUAAAGGGGAAGAAGAAGCCUGCUGUUGCGGCGAUAGCGCCAAAGGAAUCAAAGUUCUAG